AUGGCAGCUGCAAUCCCAGUUCAGGAACAAGAUGGCAUCGCCACGCCUAGAAAGGGCUUUGCCAGCUUGGGCGGCUUCCUCUUUGGCUACGACCAAGGAGUUGUAUCCGGCGUUUUGACGAUGGAAUCUUUCGGUGCUCAGUUCCCUCGAAUCUUCCUCGACAGCGGCUUUAAGGGAUGGUUCGUAUCGACGCUCCUGCUCCUCGCCUGGUUUGGAUCUCUCAUCAACGGUCCUGUGGCCGAUCGAUUUGGUCGUAAAGGAUCUAUGCUGGUCGCCGUUGUUGUAUUCGUCAUCGGCUCUUCCUUCCAGGCAGGCGCCAACUCGAUAGCAAUGCUCUUUGCUGGUCGAGCGGUGGCUGGUCUCUCAAUUGGAAUGCUUACAAUGAUUGUUCCGAUGUACAUGUCUGAGGUCUCGACUCCAGGGAUUCGAGGUACACUAGUCGUCCUUCAACAGCUGAGCAUUACCCUGGGCAUCCUUCUUAGCUACUGGAUCGAAUAUGGCACUCAGUACAUCGGCGGAACCCGCUGUGCUCCCGAUAUCCCAUACACUGGAGGUACCGAGUCAGAUCGGACCUUCGACCCUAGACACGAUGUUGGUCCCAAUGGCUGCACGGGACAAUCGGAGGCUUCAUGGAGAUUUCCAUUCGCGCUGCAGAUUCUUCCAGCAUUGAUUCUUGGCAUUGGAAUGAUUUUUUAUCCCGAGUCUCCGAGAUACUUCUUGAUGCGAAAGAAUGAGGAAAAGGCACUUGCUUCGCUUGCCAAGUUGCGCCGCGUCCAUCCCGACACUGAAGGACUACGAACAGAGUACCUUGCUAUUAAAGCUGAAGUUCUAUUCGACGAGGCAACAGCACGCGAGAAGUUCCCUAAUAAGUUUGGCUUUUCACUCUGGCUCGCUCAAUACACCGAUCUUCUGCUGAGAUGGCCCUCCUUCAAACGAGUAUUCAUUGGAUCCAGUAUAAUGUUCUUUCAACAGUUUAUGGGUUGUAAUGCAAUGAUCUACUAUGCACCUACUAUCUUCUCUCAGCUUGGUCUAUCAGGCCAAACGUCUAGUCUUUUGGCCACUGGUGUCUACGGCAUCGUCAACACCUUGUCGACUCUGCCUGCUCUAUUCCUGAUUGACAAGGUUGGCCGCCGGCCUUUGUUGAUGUGUGGCGCAGUUGGCACAUUCAUCUCACUAGUCAUCGUCGGUGGUAUUAUUGGCGGCUAUGGCUCGUCGCUUUCAGAGAACAAGUCGGCUGGCUGGGCUGGAAUUGCUUUCAUCUACAUCUAUGACAUCAACUUCUCUUACUCGUUCGCUCCGAUCGGUUGGGUAUUGCCCGCCGAGAUUUUCAACCUUGGCAACCGCUCCAAGGCAAUGGCCAUCACAACCAGUGCAACCUGGAUGUGUAACUUCAUCAUUGGCCUUGUUACUCCGGAUAUGCUUGAUACGCUCAAGUGGGGUACAUACAUCUUCUUCGCCGCCUUCUGUCUGAUUGCGUUUGUCUUCACAUUUUUCUUCGUGCCCGAGACGCGGGGCAAGAGCUUGGAGGACAUGGACGUUGUGUUCGGUGACACGGCAGCACAUGAGGAGAAGGUCCGUUUGUACGAGAUUGCGGCUUCUAUGGGCUUAACGGAGGCGUUGCCCAAUGAGAAAGUGGACCAUGCUCGACACGAGACUGAACAAGUUGAACAUACCGCCUAG